UCAUGGAUAAUUUUUUUAUUGAAGGCAAAAAUGAUGAUACUUACUCAUUAAGAAAGCUAUUGAAAUAUUAUGCAUAUCUAUUUGUCACUUCCAUGUUUGUGAGUUUCUUGGGAUCCAUCAUUUAUAUAGUACUACUUAUAGAAUUAUACACAACAUGCAAUGCUUAAACAGGAUAACAAGUGGCAAUCACUUAAUUAAUUUCUUAUAUUUUGAAUGGAGUGUUUUCAUAUGCAUGUUUACAUUUGGUCUCACAAUCCAAGACCAUAUGUUAUGUUAAUUUUUCUGUCAUUUUGACAUUAAUCUCAAAAGUAAUAGCUUUAGUAUUUGCUGCAAUUCUGAAGAAUAGAAAUUGGGGUGAAUGUUACAUAACUCAAGCAUAAGGAGUGAUGCUUAUAACCAAUAUCAGUAUUGAAUUUUGCAUAUUACUUGUCCUAUAUUACUUCACUCGCAACUUGUAUUUCAGAUUAGAAGAAAAACAAUUGAGAGUCUCCUUGAAAUUGUUAUUUGAAUCAUGAG